UGACACCAUUAAUCAAUCACCUCUCUCUCUCCCCUUCCCUCCUCUUUUCACGUAAACAAGCAUUGAACGUGUCCAGGGCAAUGGCACCGAUGGAUCUGUCCUCUUCACAUCGUUGAUGAAGCCGAUCGGUCAUUAUCAAUUAUCCUGUCGUUGUCAUUAUUGUCGUCGUCCCAGAUGGACCCUUUUCACUCGGAGCCAAGUUCUUCCUCUCGGGUGGAUGGUGAACCGAUGAUCUGAGCAUUGAAUCCUGAACAUGGAUGAUGACGUAGAAGAAACCUUUCUGAUCUGUUGAAUUUUCUUGUGAUCGAAGUCGACGCAAAUGCCAAUAGCCAACCCCCGAGCAGGGAGAGUGUUCGUAUGGAUCAUCUCAUGCGUCAUACUGCUCUCGCUGGCGUCCGGAGGCGCCUUCCUGGUGAUGUACAUGACCCGGCCCGAUCCUACCAACUCCGCCUGGCUACUCUACGCCGGGAUGGCCCUUGUGUGUCUACCAUGGUUCUUCUGGCUCAUGCUUUGUACGUACAGAUGCAUUUCCCGUGCCCUUGGAUUCAGAAUCAUCUGCUGUGGUGGCGGUGUAGAUGGAGCCCCAAGCAGUAGGGGCGGCGCAGGCAGUGGCAGUUUGGCUUCCGUGAACCGGGCGGGGAGCCUGGUUGGCACACCAGCCACGGUCACAAACAAAAGCAUGGGAGAUACGGAAAAUGGGGACGGGAAGCAGGUGAAUUUCGGGGCAGCGGUCGUGGUGAAUGAAGGAAGUGUUAAUAAUAAUAACCUGAGGAAUAUCGAGUCGAGAUCGUCCUCGAGCAGUUCGAGCAACAACGACGUCUCAUACAAAUCGCACGAGAGCGAGAUCCCUCUGGCUUCAGCUAUGGCAUCCUGAUAAUUGACCUUUCGCGCGCUCACAUAUCCUCCUUGUGGUAAUUGCAUGGCCUCCCAUGCUAGAUGAGACUCCGCCUAAGAGAGCCGCGGGAUAGCACAGGUUUUCAAUGGGCGAACUGAUAUGUAGCAUUCAAGGAUCGAUCCUUCCUUCGUAUUCGAGCAUUAGUGCAAGCUGAUUGUGUCAUCUUAGGGGAAGGAUCUUCCGGUCAAUUCUUAUACCAUCUCAGAUUUUGAGGAUCAUCUCUUUUUGAAUUUUUGAUGUUUUAUCUAGCAUACAUUUUCCAAACUUCAUGUAUAUGGCGAUUUCAAGCCCCGAUGAUCGAUUAGUUAGACCAUGACGCGGGAAGGCAGGCUGUUACAAGCUUCAAAGAGAACUGUUACAUCUCUUUUCUGAUAUAUUUGGCCAAUAUAGUUUUCGUUCGAAGAUCACUGCACAGUUAUCUCAAGCCUCAUUUUUCAUUGGUUUUUCCACUUCUCCCACAUUUUUCAUUCGUCGUAGAGAUAGAUGCUGUUUCGUUCUUUUUGUAAGUCUAUAACGAAUCGAUGCUGAGGACAACCAUAUAUGUUCUUUUCAUUUGCUGUAAAUUGUGUUAUCUUUACUUCAGUUGUGGAAAGUUAAGGUUACUCCAUGUAUCUUCUUCUCA